AUGGCGUAUGUGACAGAGAUGUCUACUGCCACUGUGGACUUCCUGGACAACCCAAUCAGUUGUAUUGAUGUGGCUCCCCUGACUGCACUUGUUGCACUGUCCUGUCCACCUACAACAUUUCAGGAGCAUGUCCCUGCUGGAUUUUUUCUGUUUGAAAUAAAUGGAAUGCAUAACUAUGAUUAUCUUUUGACGGUGCAUGAUGCCAGCUGCACCUCUCAACCUCAAAACUGGACUUCUUCGAGUGGUUUCGAGGACUCCCGAGAAAGGUAA